UUAAUAAUUCUCGUAAAGUCCUUAACAUUCUGCAAAUUUCAACAUGUCUAAAAGAGGCACAUGGGUUUAAAGGAUUUUAAAGGAUUUUCUCAUUUAGUUUUAUAAAACCAGCAGCUGAUAAAACCAUCUGUAAAAUCUACCGAAUCCGUAUGCAGCCUACAGCAGCUUUUAAUUCGCUGCAAAUAUCAAGCAUUUUGAACUGAAAUUUGAUAAAAAAUGAUCCCCUGUCGAAGAAGUUACUCAACUUUGUGAAAAUAUGUAGGAUUACAAAAGGCCGUGUUUAGAAAAUCCAGCACUUGGAAUUGAGGUUGUAAACGUGAAACGAAGGGUUUUGAGGGCUGAUUUCGCAAUCCGAAGGCUGAGAAAACCCUGAAUAUAGGGUUUAUUUUGCAAUGCAAUGGAGGCGGAGGAAGUAGACAAAGGCUCGGUAGGGAUUCUGCCGGGUGAUAAUGGCCAGGUUGUCAUGACAAAGAAACAGAUGGAGACCUUGCGCAGGCAGAUUAGCGCUUUUUCAACUAUUUGUAGCCAGUUGGUCGAAAUGCAUAAGGUUAUGUCGCAACAAGCCUAUGCUUCUUCCCAGCAAAUGCCCAAUGACCCAUUUCCAUCAGGCCCAGGGUUUAGACAACCUUCUAGACAGCGUUGGACACCAAGUCCAGCCCAGCUUCAUAUUUUAGAGAGGCUAUAUGAACAUGGUAAUGGCACCCCAAAUAAGCAGACCAUAAAGAAGAUAACUAGUGAGCUUAGUCAGCAUGGUCUGAUUUCUGAAAUGAAUGUGUAUAACUGGUUCCAAAAUCGUAAAGCUCGUGCCAAGAGAAAAUAUAACCACCUUCCACUGAAGGAAGGUGAAUCUGAAGUUGAUACAGACUCUGAAUCCUACAGAGAAAAUAAGCCUCAAAUUGAGGACGAAAUGAUUAGAGAAGAUGAAAGUGCAUGGUUAGGUGAGAAGACUGCUGAGGCUUAUGAGAGUAAAGAUGCUAUAUUUCUCAUGGGACCAGAGCAGCUUGAAGCAAAGUUAGGUGUUAAUGAGACAAAGCAUGAAAUGUCUGAAGAGGGUCCAUGUAAUGCAGGCACAAAUGCACAUUUUGGUGAGAAAAACCAAGAUAUGGUUGGAGUAAAACUACGUUCCACUGACCAACAACAAUGUAAUGAUUCUCAAGGUAACAUCCCAUCGUGCAUGCUUCAUUGUCAAACUGAAGCUGAUGGAGAGGCUGAUGCUUUAUUAAUGAGGUCAAAGAGUACCACUGUUUGCUGCACUGCACAUGAAAUUCCUGUAUCAAAUCAGCAAGCAUCUGGUGUGAUGACCGUACUUCUUGAUGGAAAACAGUGGGAAGUGCCAGUUGGAGUAGUUGAUGUUAGAAAGAUGUUUGGUGACACUGCACUGUUGGUGGAUACUCAUGGGCAUGUGGUCCCAACAAAUGAUGCAGGAAUUACUUUUCACCCACUUCAUGCCAGUGAAAGAUACAGUCUCAUAAGGCAUGUCGAAGUGAAGCAAGAGAUGUCUGGGAAGGAAUCGUCAGAUCCAUUGAUAGACGGUUUAUAUCAUUGUUCCAAGCAUAUUCAAUGAAUGAUAGUUUGAUUGGUUGAGGCACACUAGUCUGCAGACCUCCUAUUAAUAAAUGAAGCUAACCUCUGAUGUUUCACAGGGUGGACUUUGAUAUCGGAAGCCAUUGUAUUAUUUUUUGUAAGUAUCUGUAAUAUUUUUGUUAAAUAAUAGGAUGUGUGGUGCUGAUUACAGAACUGUAAUGUAAUUCAGUCACCUUGUAUUUUAUUUUUUUAUACCAGGAACAAUUUUUUUCUGGCAAUAAAUGUGGGAUUGACCUGAGAGUAAAUAUUAUGCUGGAUUCGAAGUUGAUAUAUCAGGAUUAAGCAUUUCCUUGAAUAAGUAGAGAUUUUAGCCUUUUAAUUGAUAUCAGUGCACUUGGCAGUGAUGCUAUGUAAAAUUAUAUCAGAUGAUGAAUGCAGAAUUUGGGACAGUUUAUUUUA